UUCACCAUGUUUGACUCUGGUUACAAGUCACAGUAUAUUGGAGGCCAUAAGGAGAAAUUUGUGAGGUUGGAUGAUUUGGAUUCUAAUUUGUCCAUGCCAUCUAGCUCUAGUGGGAUGAAGAAAUUAAGAUUUAAUUUAAACUCUUUGCCUAUACCUAUUCCCGGUCGCGGAAGAAAAAAUCCAUCGAAAUCGUUUCGAGUAGGUGUAAAGAGGGGAUCAGAUGGACUAUGGAAUAUUGGAAGAUCACUCAAAAGUGGAGUCACAUGGGCAGUAUUUCCAGAAGAUCUUAAAGUGUCACAGAAAAAAGUGUUUGAUCCUCAAGAUAAGAAUCUUCUAUAUUGGAACAAGUUUUUCGAGAUUCUAUGCAUUCUUUCUAUAGCUUGUGAUCCUUUCUUCUUUUAUCUUCCUUAUUUCAACCACAAAUCAUUUUGUUUAGCCAUAGAUAACAAACUAGCAAGUUUUGCUGUUACAUUGAGAACAAUAUGUGAUUGCGUUUAUCUCAUUCGAAUAAGUUUCCAAUUCCGCACUGCCUUCAUCGCGCCUUCGUCUCGAGUAUUUGGAAGAGGUGAACUUGUCAUAGAUCCUGCAUUGAUAGCAAAGAGAUAUUUACAACGAUACUUUGUUGUUGACUUAUUGUCUAUUAUUCCUAUGCCCCAGAUUGUAGUGUGGAAAUAUCUUUAUAGUUCAAGACGUAUGGAGGUAUUGGAUACAAAAACAUCACUCUUGAGAAAUGUCAUCAUGCAAUAUUUUCCAAGAUUCAUACGCUUUAUACCUUUGGCUUCAGAAGUUAAAAAGACAGCUGGUGUUUUUUCUGAAAAUGCAUUGCUUGGUGCCAUGUACUAUUUGAUCUGGUAUAUGCUUGCUAGCCAUAUAACGGGCUCUGUGUGGUACUUAUUAGCAAUAGAACGUAACGACACAUGCUGGAAGAAUGCUUGUAAAGAAGUUGAAGGAUGUAAUUCACAUUUCCUGUAUUGUGGAAGUUCAAGUAAGCAUAUGUCAGGGUAUGAAAGUUGGAGAAAUGUUAGUGAAUCUGUUCUUAAAAGUAAAUGCUUUGUUGAAGAUGAUAACUCAGCCUUUAAUUAUGGAAUCUUCUCACAAGCUAUAGAGUCUGAUAUUGUUGCUUCUGUAGAAGUCUUUCCCAAAUUUUGUUAUUGCCUGUGGUGGGGACUUCAGAAUUUGAGUACACUUGGUCAGGGGCUUCUAACUAGUACCUACCCUGGAGAGGUUAUGUUUUCCAUAGUAAUAGCUAUUAUGGGGCUUGUGCUUUUUUCUCUUCUCAUUGGAAACAUGCAGACCUACCUUCAAUCAAUGUCAGUUCGUUUGGAGGAGAUGAGGAUCAAAAGACGUGACUCUGAGCAGUGGAUGCAUCAUCGCUUGCUUCCUUCAGAGCUAAGGGAAAGAGUCAGACGCUACGAUCAAUACAAGUGGUUGAACACCCGAGGAGUAGAUGAAGAAACUUUGGUUCAAAGUCUUCCAAAGGAUCUCAGAAGAGAUAUAAAACGCCAUCUUUGUUUGAAUUUGGUCAGAAGGGUUCCUCUCUUUGCUAACAUGGAUGAACGUUUGCUUGACGCUAUAUGUGAACGAUUGAAACCAAGUUUAUAUACAGAAGGAACCUACAUAAUUAGAGAAGGUGAUCCAGUCGAUGAGAUGUUGUUCAUCAUUCGUGGUCGUCUAGAGAGUGUUACUACAGACGGUGGAAGAAGCGGCUUUUUCAACAGAGGAGUUUUGAAGGAAGGUGACUUUUGCGGUGAAGAGUUGCUAACAUGGGCAUUGGACCCAAAAUCUGCAGCUAACUUGCCAUCAUCAACAAGAACAGUGAAAGCUAUGAGUGAGGUGGAAGCAUUUGCUUUGGAAGCAGAGGAAUUGAAGUUCGUCGCAUCACAGUUUAGACACAUACAUAGUCGACAAGUUCAGCAUACAUUCCGAUUCUACUCGCAGCAAUGGAGAACAUGGGCUGCAAUCUACAUUCAAGCCGCAUGGAGGAAGCAUUUACGAAGAAAACGCAGGAAGGAGGAAGAAGAAUUAUAUGAAUCUGAUUAUGGAGGAAGUGAUGAUUCUACAAAGGCUUUGGUUCCGCGCGCUCAAAAUUCGUCAAGAUUUGGAAUUAAUACAACUGCCUAUGUUUCUCGCUUCGCUGCUAAUGCCCUUCGUGGUCACAAACUUCGAGUUUCAAGUUCAAGAAGUUUGGUGACAAUCCAAAAGCCCUCAGAACCUGACUUCAGUGCUCUUGAUGAUGAAGAGUAAUAAUUUUCUGUUUUGCUGUUAAUAUGUGAGGACUAAUUAAGUUAUCUUCAUUUACACUGCUCUGCUGCUAGUGUCCUUCAGCAUGACACUAUUUACACUUGUAAAGUAUGUGACACAAAUUUUGGUGGGUUUGGCAUAUAAAGACAUGGUUCUAGGCUUGUUCAAUUUCGAUAGACAUUUGAUAUAAUUAGAUAAUAUUCAUGUAACUUCUUACACGCCAAUUUUUAUACAUCUACAGGCUUGCUA